AUGCACGGCAUAGCAGCAGCAGCAGCUGCUGCUGCUGCUGCUGCAAGAAUAGGGGGAGGAGCAGCAGCCACGCAUAGAACACUCCUGCAGCAGCAACAGCAACAAGUGCAGCAGCAACAACCCAUACAACAACAGCAACAGCAGCAGCAGCAGCAGCAACAACAGCAACAGGAGCAGCAACAGCAACACCCCCAGCAACAUCAGCAGCAGCACCCGCAGCCGAAUCAACACCCCCACCAGCAGCAGCAGCAGCCCCCACCGCUGCAGCAAAACCCCUCAGCAGCAGCAGCACCCUCAACAACAACAACAGCACCCCCAGCAGCAGCAGCAGCAGCAGCAGCAGCAACGGACCAUAGUGGAAUUGCUGCUCAAAUGUAA